AUGAAAUAUUUUAUCAUUGCUGUCAUCCUUCUCAGUUGCUCAUGCAAAAAGUCCACUGUAAAAGCUAAUACAGUAAGUGCCGAUAACUCCAAGCACUCGAAAGCUUCAAUUCAACCGCGAAUUUUGAUAGCCAAAAAAUCAGAAGUACUUGCAGUGAAAACCGCUACGGAUGAUGCGUCAACUAAAGAGAAGGUGGCUGAUAACAGCACAAAACCUGAAAAUAAAACCGAAUUGUGCAAACGUAUGAUGUGUCCUAUGAUUUAUUGUCUAAACAGUUUGCCACCUAUUCCAAGUCAAGGUAUCUGCUGUCCACGUUGCAUCUCCGAUAAAAACUGCAACACAAGCACAUGUCCUCAAAUCAAAUGUGCAACUGAAUUGAUUCCAGCAAAUAUAACUGCUGGUGAAUGUUGUGAUCGUUGUGCACCACCCACUACCGCAACGAAGAAAACAAAGAUGACAUCGGUAACAAAGAAAUCCAGAGGUACUGCUGCACCCAAAAAACCAUCAUCAUCGUCGGAAGAGAAAACAGAUCAACAUGACAGUCAUAGUAGCGAAGAUGACGUACAGCCACACCGAUGUAAACUAGGUCAUCAUGCAUCGAAACCAAAGAAACAAUAUUCCCGAUUGAUUCGUUUAUUGACAAAAACUUUAAUUCAUCUUCGUCGGGCUCAAUCGAAUCGUCGAUUCCGCGAGUCAAGUGAAUCACAUGAAUACUAA